ACAUAUAACGGUUUUAGUCUGAAUUCCAGGUCCAAUAUAUCAGCAGCAUGGCAGAUACUCAAUCCUCAAAAGGUCCCUCGUCGACAAAAGGUCAAGACAAAAAGCGAAAGCGAGAAGACGGCCACAGAACAGCUCAGAAUAGCAAGAUGCAGAAAAGAUGGAGCAAGGACAAGAAGUUCAACAAGAACAACAACAAAGAAAAAGACAAGAAGGGAAAUGGCAAUAAAGAUGACAAUAAACAAUUAAAUCAAACAGCUCAACAACCGGAGCGAGAAGAGGCCAUUGACGAGUCAAUCAGCAAGAUGAAUGAGCAGAUCCUGGCAGAUCAUUUCAUGCAAAAGGCCAAGGCACACAACAAGGAUUUGACAGCAGUGGAACUUAAUGAUAUGAGCGUGCCAGUGCAUGCAUUCCAAGAUACAUCCUCAUUUGAACAAGAGCGCAAAUUGACUCAAUUGCCGGACUUUCUAAAAACAUACAGUCCCGAGAAAGGCGCCAGAUUAGGAUCCGCAUCAGAAGAAAAAGGAAGCCCUCAUACACUUGUGAUAGCUCCAGCCGGACUUCGAGCAGCUGAUCUAGUUCGUGCGCUACGAUCUUUCCAAACCAAGGAUGCCGCGGUAGCCAAGCUAUUCGCGAAACAUAUCAAAAUAGAAGAAGCGAAACAAUUCCUGGAACGAUCGCGAGUCAGUAUUGGUGUUGGUACUCCUCAGCGAAUAAUUGAUCUGUUAGAGUCUGGAACGCUGAAAACCGCAAAUCUCGAACGUAUCGUCAUUGAUGGCUCGCAUAUUGAUCAGAAGAAACGUAGCAUAUUCGAUAUGAAGGAAGUGUAUGCUCCGUUGUUGAAGCUUUUGGCGAGGGAAGAGUUGAAGGAGCGUUAUGGAGCCAAGGAUAAGGAUUUGAAAAUACUUGUAUACUGAGCGAUACGAUAAUUAUCAACUAUGCAUAUUCCAUAUCCAUGGAUGUAUACACAUGUGAAUUAACCACCCGGACCGAAUCAGAAUCCCUGCUCGCCUAGAUAAUCAACAG